CUUAUUUCUUAUACAUUUAUUUUUUUAAAAAAAAUUAUUUUAUAACACGACAUGAAUCCAACCUACUUUCAACAAUCCCUCGUUUCCACUCCUUCAAAUCCUUUACGACAAAAUAACACUCAUGUUAAUAAUGUGAUUUCUGCUCAACAGACGUCCCCAUACAUAUAUCAAUCACCUGUUCAAACAACACCUUCGACUUAUUCUGGUCAAGGGAACACCAAUUAUAAUAUUGCUUCUACGCAUCAAAAUGUUAACUUUUCAAACCAAUAUGAUCCGAUGUCGUUCCAAACUUCUAUUCAAACCAACUCUCUUACACAUUCUCCGAAUCAAAAUCCACCCGUUCACCUUAGUAAAUUUUUUUAUCAACCACUUAACGAUACUUUCAAUUACCAUAUUGAAUGUGAAAAAAUUUCUGAUGAACAUGUUAUACAAUUAUUAAACCAACCGUUUAGUAUUAUGCAAUUGAAAGAAAAUGAUUAUUUAAAUGUAUUUUUUUAUAAACAACGUUGCAACAAUCAAUUUUAUCAGGUAUCAUGUAAAAUUGUUUCUCCUUCCUUUUUGAAUAAAAAUUUUUAUGGAACUGAAACUGGACAGAACAUAAGCCAAGAAAAAUUAGCCUUUACUUUAUAUCAAAAAGAAAUUCUCAAACAAGAUUUAGCAUUAUACCUAAGCUACCACUUACUUGAUUAAGUUCAUAAACAAAUUGAGAAUCAGAAUAAUUCUGAUUGAUAUUUUCGUUUCCUUGCAAAGAAUAACGAGGAUUAGGAUCGUCAUUAUUUUGUACCACCUACUAAACAAGAACUGGAUUUAUGUUUAGUUAUAUUUAUUUGCUUAAAAUUAUUUAAAAUAUAUAAAUAACCAUAGUAUUUUAUAUCUAU